GGUCUACAAAUCGCACUUGCCCGACUCCUAGUGUAUGCGGUCAAUGACAAUAGUAUAUGUAUAUGUAUUUUUUCUUUUUAGUCUUACAAAUCCAUAUCGUUCAUUUCUAGAGUCCGAACUCCGACCGCAUUCUCAGGGUCCCCGGGUUCCGACAUGUGGUUAUCAUCUUUAUUGUUCCUACCAGCUCUGACUUCUAUGAUGAUGUAUUGUUUUACGUCUCCCUUGUUUCCCUUUAGAAGCUAGAGAUCUUAGACAUCACCAACACCUAUGAUGUGGUUAUUUUAGAAUUUUAUUUCAUACUUAAUUAAAAACCAUACGUGUCUAAGCCACGUCUUUCCCUUCUUUUUGGGCGUGUAGAACCCUUCGUCUAAGUCAUAAUGGAAGGCGACACACCUACUCCGGCAGAUACAGAUGUACCUGGCGGGUACCCUGAGACGCCAUCCUCCAUCCCAGCCAAACGUCUGUCGACUAUUAGCCGAGAGUUUUCACUUGCUGCUAACCGAGAAGGCUCUAUACCAGCUGCUAGGUCGUUGAAUAUCAGUACCGACGCGUUAACAUCGACACAACGCGAUGGGGUGAAUUAUGCCAAUGUCGAUGGCACCGCCGCCAUAUUUUCUGGCGAGAAUGCUAGACCGAGUGAUGCUAGUCCUUCCUCUUCUAAGCAUACUAUUAUAGCACCUCAAGCUCAGCCAGCCCCUGGCGAAAUAUCGUCUGAUGAGUCUGAGCAAACCGAGGUGGAACCUCGCUUCGAACCUAUCAAGUCGACGGCGGAUCAACCGAAACUCGAGCGUAAUGAGAGUGAAGCCAAAACCGAAGAUGAUCUAUUCCGUGCCCUCUCACGGCGUCGUAGCCACACUUCAAAUGCCGAGUCUCAAGGAGAGAAUGACGAAAUAGAGCGACUGAUGUCCCGUAUGUUUGGCCAAGCUCGACAGCAGCAUAGCGAAGAAGAAAAGACAAGGCAUGCUGGUGUCAUCUUCCGAAAUCUUACAGUUAAGGGUGCUGGCCUUGGGGCUAGCUUACAGCCUACAGUUGGCGAUCUUUUCCUUGACCUACCACGAUUCUUAUGGAAUCUGGUGACCAAAGGGCCCAAAGCUGCCGCCGGAAAACCGCCCGUAAGGGAGCUGAUCAGUAACUUCAAUGGCUGUGUACGACCUGGAGAAAUGCUGCUUGUCCUUGGUAGGCCAGGAUCCGGCUGUACGACGUUCUUGAAAACCUUCUGUAACCAGCGAGCAGGGUUUGAAGACGUUUUAGGCGACGUAACUUACGGCGGCACAGAUGCGAAGCGCAUGGCUAAGGAUUUCAGGGGCGAGAUUAUUUACAAUCCAGAAGAUGACUUACAUUAUGCUACCUUGACAGUUAGGCAUACCCUCACCUUCGCUCUCCGGACUCGUACCCCUGGGAAAGAAUCGCGAAUGGAGGGCGAAAGUAGAGAAGAUUACGUAAGGGAAUUCCUUAGGGUAGCCGCGAAGCUGCUUUGGAUUGAGCAUACAUUGGACACCAAGGUCGGGAAUGAGUAUAUUAGGGGAGUUUCUGGCGGAGAGCGGAAGCGAGUCAGUAUUGCCGAGGCACUCAUUACUCGGGCCAGUGUUCAAGGUUGGGACAACUCGAGUAAGGGGCUGGAUGCAUCGACCGCUGUCGAGUAUGUCCAGUCAUUGAGAGCACUUACGAACAUGGCCCAGGUUUCCACUGCUGUUUCGCUGUAUCAAGCUGGUGAAUCUUUAUACAACCUUGUCGACAAGGUUUUAUUAAUCGACAACGGCCAAUGCUUGUACUAUGGACCCUCCGACAGCGCCAAACAGUAUUUCCUGGAUCUCGGAUUUGACUGUCCUGAUCGGUGGACUACGGCCGAUUUUCUUACGUCUGUUACCGAUCCCCACGAGCGCAGUGUCAGGUCGGGAUGGGAGAAUCGAAUCCCACGAUCAGCCCAAGAAUUCGCCGAGAUUUUCAGGAAAAGUGAAGCCUAUCAACGUAACCUUGAUGAUAUCCAGGAUUACGAAGCUCAUCUCGAAGAGCAGCGGCGUGCUCGGGCCGAGAAUACCUCUAAAAAGAACCAGAGAAAGAAUUACACUAUAUCAUUCCACCAACAAGUGAUCGCUCUCACUAAACGUCAAGUCCUAAUUAUGCUUGGUGAUAAAGCGUCCCUUAUAGGAAAAUGGGGCGGCAUCAUCUUCCAGAGCCUUAUAGUGGGAAGUUUAUUCUACCAUCUCCCACAGACAGCGGCGGGUGCAUUCACGCGAGGCGGUGUCUUGUUCUUCAUUUUGCUGUUCAACGCAUUACUGGCUCUUGCUGAGCAGUCUGCGGCAUUCGAAUCUAAACCUAUUUUACUCAAGCACAAAAAUUUUUCCUUCUAUCGACCUUCUGCCUACGCCUUGGCACAAACUAUCGUAGAUAUACCCCUAGUCUUCAUCCAGGUGUUUCUAUUCGAUAUCAUUAUCUACUGGAUGGCAGGCCUCUCUGCCACCCCAUCUCAAUUCUUCAUCUCGUUCCUGAUCCUGUGGACGAUUACAAUGACGACUUACGCCUUCUUCCGCGCGAUCUCCGCAAUUUUCAAGACCUUGGACGAUGCCACCAAGUUGACCGGUGUCGCAAUUCAGAUUAUCAUUGUUUAUACCGGGUACCUAAUUCCGCCUUCGUCAAUGCACCCGUGGUUUAGUUGGCUACGCUGGAUUAAUUGGCUCCAGUAUGGGUUCGAAUGUCUCAUGUCCAAUGAGUUCUACAACCUACAACUGGAUUGUGUAGCCCCAUACCUCGUCCCUAAUGGUGUCGAAGGUGUUGAACCACAAUAUCAAUCAUGCACAUUAGCAGGCUCAAGACCCGGCGAGGUAAUUGUUAACGGAGGAGAUUAUAUCCAGGCGUCGUUUAAUUACUCGCGCGCCCAUCUUUGGCGGAACUUCGGCUUCUUGUGGGCUUUCUUCGGAUUCUUCCUUGCUGUAGCAAUGAUAGGCAUGGAGAGGAUGAAACCUAACGCUGGAGGCGCUGCCGUGACGGUUUUCAAGCGUGGACAGGUCCCAAAGAGUCUCGAGAAAUCUAUCCAGACCGGAGGUCGUAAAGGUAAUAAAGGUGACGAGGAAACCGCAAAUUCUAUGGAGAAAGUUACCAUCCCCGAAGAGGCCUCUGCAGCGCAAGAAAGACGAGAUGAAGAGAACAUGCAGACAGUCGCCAAGAACGAGACAAUAUUCACGUUCCAAAACGUCAACUAUACGAUUCCUUUCCAGGGUGGCGAGAGGAAACUACUGCAAAAUGUCCAGGGUUUUGUCAGGCCCGGGAAAUUGACAGCCCUUAUGGGAGCGUCUGGAGCUGGAAAAACGACGUUACUGAAUACUUUGGCUCAGAGGAUUACGUUUGGUGUCGUAACAGGCGACUUCUUGGUAGACGGAAGACCCCUUCCAAAAUCAUUCCAGAGGGCCACGGGGUUUGCGGAACAGCUUGACAUCCACGAGCCAACUGCAACCGUACGCGAGGCCCUGCAGUUUUCUGCGCUUCUUCGUCAACCGAGGGAAGUAUCGACAAAGGAGAAGUAUGCUUACUGUGAAACAAUUAUCGAAUUGCUUGAGAUGCAAGAUAUUGCCGGAGCAACGAUAGGAGUGGUCGGAGAGGGUCUUAACGCAGAACAGCGCAAGAGACUUACCAUUGGUGUUGAACUUGCAUCAAAACCAGAGUUGCUGAUGUUCUUAGACGAGCCCACUUCCGGUCUCGAUUCAGGGGCAGCAUUCAAUAUCGUUAGAUUUUUGCGCAAGUUGGCUGAUGCCGGCCAGGCCAUCUUGUGUACCAUUCAUCAGCCUUCUGCCGUGCUUUUCGAAAAUUUUGACGAAUUGAUCUUGCUCAAGUCCGGGGGUCGUGUGGCGUACGCAGGCGAGCUCGGAAAAGACAGCCAGAAGCUGAUCGAAUAUUUCGAGUCUAACGGUGGCCCGAAAUGCCCUCCCGAUGCAAACCCGGCUGAGUGGAUGCUGGAGGCUAUCGGAGCUGGAAAUCCGGAUUACGCAGGCCAAGACUGGGGCGACACCUGGUUACAAUCUAAAAACUUCGAGGAUCAGUCGAAGGAAAUAGCACAGAUGAAUGAGAAGCGGCGGAACGUUCAACAUUCGAAGAACAUCCAAGAUGAUCGCGAAUAUGCCAUGCCUCUAUGGACGCAGACGACAGCAGUCGUCAAGCGUUCCUUCGUUGCUUAUUGGAGAUCGCCAAACUACAUUAUGGGCAAGAUGAUUCUGCAUAUAUUCACUGGUCUUUUCAAUACCUUCACAUUUUGGCGUCUGGGUGAUGCCAGCAUCGAUAUGCAAUCCCGCUUAUUCUCAAUAUUCAUGAACCUUACGAUCUCACCCCCGCUGAUUCAGCAGCUUCAACCCGUUUUUCUCAACUCACGAAAUAUCUUCCAGUCUCGCGAGAACAACGCAAAGAUUUACUCGUGGGUUGCAUGGACCACGGCUGCAGUGCUGGCGGAAAUACCUUAUGCUAUCGUGGCAGGUGCCAUCUACUUCAACUGCUGGUGGUGGGGAUUAAUGGGCUAUAAAAUGACUGGCUUCCCAUCCGGAUUUACCUUCCUAUGCAUGAUGAUUUUCGAGCUAUACUACGUCAGCUUUGGUCAGGCCAUUGCGGCAUUCAGCCCUAACCAACUGCUAGCAAGUUUGUUCGUUCCCCUCUUCUUCCUUUUCGUCGUGGCUUUCUGUGGCGUGAAUGUGCCCCCGGCCUCGCUCCCAUACUUCUGGCAGAAGUGGAUGUAUCCGCUCACCCCUUUCCACUACCUAAUGGAAGCCUUCGUUGGUAUCGCUAUCCACGGGCAACCUGUCACGUGUAAACCGAAUGAGCUCGCGCGCUUCCGCCCUCCUCCCGACAUGAGCUGUGAAUCGUACACCGAAGGUUAUUCUGCGCGCGCGAGUGGAAGAUUGCAGAGCGUUUCGGCUGAUGGCCUCUGCGAAUACUGCCAAUACAAGAACGGGGACGAGUUUGGAGCACAGUUCAGCGUCUACUACAGCAAUAUCUGGCGCGACUUUGGCAUCGUCUGGGCUUAUAUCGUGUUCAAUUACGCUGUGGUUUAUUUCGCUACGUACCUGAGAUUCAGGGGCAAGAAUCCCUUUAACGGUUUCUUGGCGAAGAGGAAGCAGAGGAAAGCGUAAGAGUAAAAGAAGCGUGGUGUAAUGGUCAUGAUACGGUUUUCUAUGGUCGGGCUAGACUUCGGUGUUGUACCCGCGUGUUUGUAUUAAUUGAGUAAUAGGGCCUGGGCCUGGUUUAAAAGGAGAGGGAUGUUACAUGGGGUUGGGAAUGGCUGACAUAAAGACUAUGAAUAAGGUAAUAGACAUAGAUGUAUUAAUUAUUGUGUAUACGUA